AUGCUCGUGCUGUGCGUCACCCUGGCCGGCAGCGUGCUCAGCGCGUCCUUCGUGGUCGCGCUCGCCAGGGAGCGCGACAGCGGCUUCAAGCACCUGCAGCUGCUGGCCGGCGCGCCCCCCACCGCGUUCUGGGCCGCCAAUUUUGCCGCCGACAUGCUGGCGUUCAGCCUGCCCGCGGGCGGCAUUGUGGCGCUCGUGGCGCUGACAGGGAAGCGGCUGCCGUCGCUGCAGGGGCCCCGCCUGGCUGCGCUGGCGUCCCUUCUGUGGGCGUUUGGCGCCGCGGGGCUGUCCACCACCUACAUGCUGCACCCGAUCUUCUCGGAUGAGAUGCGAGCCCUGCAGCGCCUGAACAGCGCCUACUUCCUCACGGGCUACCUCGGGUUCCUCGCGACAUGGGUGGGUCGACGAGAUCUUCAGAUCACGCUGAUCUGA